GGCUGUCACAUGAGGGUGAUAAUCCAAUGAAGAGGCGUCCAGCUCCUCUGCCAGACAUAAGAAGACUGAGUUACACUUACAAGGCAAGAUGGGAGCGCACUAGCCGCAGGUCUGUAGAGCUGCACGCGGGUUCUGCACGCGCCUUCCUUACGCUUUAGAGGCUUUUAACAGAAAAUCGUAAAAAGAAGAGAAGAAAAGAAGAGACAGAUGCUGGAGGCAGAAAAUAAAGUGUGUGAAGACCUACUGAAGGGGAUGGAGUUCCCAAACUCAGAUGACUUUGAGGAGCUUUGUCCUGUGUGUGGAGACAAGGUGUCCGGCUACCAUUAUGGUCUCCUGACCUGCGAGAGCUGCAAGGGGUUCUUUAAGAGGACAGUCCAGAACAAUAAGAGAUACACCUGCAGUCAAAAUCAGGACUGUGGGAUUGAUAAGACACAGAGAAAAAGAUGCCCCUACUGCCGCUUCCAGAAGUGUCUCAGUGUGGGCAUGAGACUAGAGGCGGUCCGAGCUGACCGUAUGAGGGGAGGCAGGAACAAGUUUGGCCCCAUGUAUAAGCGAGACCGCGCCCUAAAGCAACAAAAAAGAGCUCUCAUCCGAGCCAGUGGUUUUAAACUGGAGACCAACCCUCCCCUCGUGCCGUCAGCCCAAGUAGACUACCCCUUCCCCGGCUCGCUCCCCAGCCUCAUCCCCCCAACCCUCGGACCACCAGACUAUGACUGCCCCCCACUCUGCCCGCCUGCCCUAGGGGUGACCUUGCAGAGCUAUGGCUCUUUCCCGGCCCAGUACCAGUACACCACUCCCACUCUGCCUGGGAGGUCCAUCAAAGCCGAACACCCGGACGCCUAUUCCAGUUCCCCUGACUCGUCUUUGGGAUACCCCUACCCCGAGGGCUGCCUUCCCGCUUCCCCUCAGACGAGUCCCCUGAACCCGACGGUAUCGUCGCUGGUGCUGGAGCUGCUAAACUGUGAGCCAGAUGAGGAGCAGGUAAGAGGGAAAAUUUGCGCUUACCUGCAUCAGGAGCAGAGUGGGCGUGGUAAACUGGACAAACCCCGCCCCUUCAACUUGCUGUGCAUGAUGGCAGACCAGACACUGUUCUCCAUUGUUGAAUGGGCAAGAAGCUGCAUAUUCUUCAAGGAGCUAAAGGUGGGUGACCAGAUGCGGCUGCUACACAACUGCUGGAGUGAGCUUCUGCUUCUCGACCACAUCUUCAGACAAGUGCAUCAUGGAAGAGAGAGUUCUCUGCUCCUCAUCACCGGCCAAGAGGUGGAGUUGGCUGGUGUUGCAACAGAGUCAGGACUCACCCUGUCCGGCCUGGUGCAGCGGGGGCAGGAACUUUCUCGCCGGCUGCAGCUGCUGCAGGUAGACCGCCAAGAGAUGGCCUGCCUGAAAUUCCUCGUCCUCUUCAACCACAAUGUGAAGCUGCUGGAGAACCAGGUGUUUGUGGAGAGUGUGCACGAGCAGGUAAACAGCACUUUGCUGGAAUACACACUCAACUCAUACCCGCAGCAUCUGGACCGCUUUAGCCAGCUGCUGCUGCAUCUGCCCGAGCUGCACGCUCUCAGCAGCCAGGCUGAGGACUACCUGAGCUCCAAACAUCUGAGCGGAGAAGUUCCCUGCAACAGCCUGCUCAUAGAGAUGCUCCACGCCAAGAGAGCCACUGCCAUGUGAAGACAGGUCUGUGUGAGGACACCGAACACUACGGAGUAUUUCUAUUAAGUGCUAUUAACACUGUCAUUUGUGCGUUGUAUGUGGCAAGAUCUUGUUUUCCAGUUCCAGAAAUGAAGAUGACAAUCACUAUAUACGUAUAUAUAUAUAUAAAUAUAAUAGCCACUGUGAGCUCAUUCUUUCAGUAUUGUAUGACUUGCAUCGCUACGACAUGCUGUUGGACAAGUUGGACGACGUUUUUCACACUGGACAGGCAUUUACGAUUGAACUGUUCUGGCACUAAAGGGCCCAUAUCCUGCAAACAGUUAUUCGUUUCAUGAGCUGUGAAAAUCAAGCAAAACAAUGAAUGCUAAAAAGUUGCUAAAAACUAAACUGCUAAAACAGCCUA